GUCUCCAGCCCCGCCUGCGCCGGGGUCGCUGCAGUCCCCGCGGCUGCCCCGGGCUCCUUCCCCAGGCGCCCCGGCGUCUUUCCAGCCAGGGCAGCGCCUCGGGGGGAGCGCCGGACUGCGAGAGUGGCCGAGGCGGGGGCUCUGGGCGCCCCAGCUCUCCCAACCUGGGAGGCGGCCCCGACUCCGGGAGCCGGAACGCAGGGAAAGGCAAGGACGGGGCGGCCGGCAGAGGGGCGGGCGCCGCUCAUCAGCCACGCCAGUCACGUCUGGGGCCACCCGGCUGCCUUUUUCUUCCUCUCCCCCUUUGCUUUCUCCCCCCUCCCCUGUUGGCGAGGGCAAAGUGGCCGUGGCGGCGCCAUGCCCGGGCCGGAGUGAGUGCGCGAGGGCGAAAAUGGCGUACAUCCAGGGCAGUUGGAACCUUUGAACGAGGGUUUUCUUUCUAGAAUCUCCGAUCUGCUACUGUGCAGAUGGACUUGCAGGCACUGCUGUCAGAGGUGCUAUGAAUCCAGCUGUUGCCAGUCGAGUGAGGAUGAAGUUGAAAUUCUGGGACCUUUCCCUGCCCAGACCCCUCCCUGGCUGAUGGCCAGCCGGAGCAGUGACAAGGACGGGGACUCUGUCCACACAGGCAGUGAAGUCCCUCUGACCCCACGGACCAAUUCCCCAGAUCGAAGAUGCUCGUCCUCAGACACAUCUAAGUCUACAUACAGCCUGACCCGGAGGAUUUCAAGUCUUGAAUCCAGACGGCCCAGCUCCCCGCUCAUUGAUAUUAAACCUAUCGAGUUUGGCGUGCUCAGCGCCAAAAAGGAGCCCAUCCAGCCCUCGGUGCUCAGACGGACCUAUACCCCGGAUGACUAUUUCAGAAAGUUCGAGCCUCAGCUGUACUCCCUCGACUCCAACAGCGACGACGUGGACUUCCUGACCGAUGAGGAGAUCUUGUCCAAGUACCAGCUGGGCAUGUUGCAUUUCAGCACCCAGUAUGACCUGCUGCACAACCACCUGACCGUGAGGGUGAUCGAGGCCAGGGACCUGCCGCCCCCCAUCUCCCACGAUGGCUCGCGCCAGGACAUGGCGCACUCAAACCCCUACGUCAAGAUCUGUCUCCUGCCGGACCAGAAGAACUCGAAGCAGACGGGGGUCAAACGCAAGACCCAGAAACCCGUGUUUGAGGAGCGUUACACCUUCGAGAUCCCCUUCCUAGAAGCGCAGAGGAGGACCCUACUGCUGACCGUGGUGGAUUUUGAUAAGUUCUCCCGCCACUGUGUCAUUGGGAAGGUGUCUGUGCCCCUGUGUGAGGUUGACCUGGUGAAAGGCGGGCACUGGUGGAAGGCGCUGGUCCCCAGUUCUCAGAAUGAAGUAGAGCUGGGGGAGCUGCUUCUGUCACUGAAUUACCUCCCGAGUGCUGGGAGACUGAAUGUUGAUGUCAUUCGAGCCAAGCAACUUCUUCAGACAGAUGUGAGCCAAGGUUCAGACCCUUUUGUGAAAAUCCAGCUGGUACAUGGACUCAAACUUGUGAAAACAAAGAAGACAUCCUUCUUAAGAGGCACAAUUGAUCCUUUCUACAAUGAAUCCUUCAGCUUCAAAGUUCCCCAAGAAGAACUUGAAAAUGCCAGCUUAGUGUUUACAGUGUUUGGCCACAACAUGAAGAGCAGCAAUGACUUCAUCGGAAGGAUUGUCAUCGGCCAGUACUCUUCGGGCCCCUCCGAAUCCAACCACUGGCGGCGGAUGCUAAACACUCACCGCACGGCUGUGGAGCAGUGGCACAGCCUGAGGUCCCGGGCCGAGUGUGACCGCGUGUCUCCUGCCUCGCUGGAGGUGACCUGAGGGCUGCGGCAAAAGCAGCUUUCAUUUGUUUAAAAAAAAAAAAAAAAAGAAA